UAAAAACAGAACAAUGCUAUAAAAAGAAUACGAAAUUACACUUGAAAAUAAUAAAAUGUUGCUGCUUAGUAAAAAUUGCAGUCCAAACAUUACUAUUUUGUUAAGGUGUACUUCGAAUGAAGCAUUUGUACACGUAUUCUGUCAAACGUCACGUCAAUAUUUUAAAAUGUCUUCUGAGACUUCGAAAGAGGUGACAGUCAACAAAGUGGGAUGUUGGUGCGCUAAAAAUAGCACUUGAUGAUGCAGCUAAAGAGUUAUUCAUGAAAAAGCAUGGUUUACUCGAGACACACAAGCUUUUCGAUGGACGACUAAUAUUAUGUACUAUAUCUGUCCUAAUAGCUGGCUUCGGAGUCUUAUUCGAUUACUUGUACCCACAUCCUCAUUCCCGAGCAGUACUUAUAGUUUGUGUUACACUUUACUUCCUCCUGUCUGCUAUAAUUACACUGUAUGUAAUGUAUAUAGAGAAGAAUGUCUUCUUUACUGGACUCAAAGAAGAUAAGACGGGAUUAGAUCCAGCCGACUCAUGGACAGUAUGCUCAUAUAUGAACAAAUAUGAUCCCAUAUAUCAUUUAAGCUUAACGGUAUGCGACGGCAUUACUAAAAAGGUCAAAACGCUUUCCGUCAAAAAGUCCGCUGCGGAGUUCUUCAACAUAAAAGGCGAACUACAGAGAAGUAUAUAUGAUGGGUUUUUGCAGAACUUGGUAUCUGACUUGUAUAGUGAUAAGAAAAGUAAUUAAUCAAUAGAAUCUCUGUUAACUAUUUGUAUAAUUUCAUUUUCUCACUGUUGUAUGUUGUGUUCAAAGUCAGAUUUAUGUGCUGUAAAAACCAUACGUUCAUACUCUUACAGUUUUGUGUAUUCUAACAUAAUUUAACACGAGCAUUCAUAGUACUUCGUCUCAACUUUAGGCACUUUUUAUGUUAAUGAAUAUGUAAACAGUCUAUGAAUCGAUCACAAUGGCGUCGGUG